GGUUGGUAACGGGGUGGGCCGCGACUUUACUAAGCAAUUAAGGCAUAUACCCAUAUCAUAUUGAGGUUGCAGCGAAGACGAAGAGGAAAUGAAAUGAGCAUAUCCUAAUCCAGUUAUCCAUAAUUUCCUAAGCAUAAACGAGAAAUUGAGAGAGAAUGUCUCGUAUCUCUACACUCUAUCUUCUCGCUUACAACUCCUUUCAGGCCAUUGGAUGGACGAUUUCCUUAACUAAGAUUUUGUACAAUCUUCUCGUCACUGCAUCCAUCAAAGGAACCUAUGCUUCCGCCGCCAGCUUAAUCUGUUUUCUGCAAUGCGCUGCAUUCUUGGAAGUUAUACACGGAGCCAUUGGCAUUGUGCCCAGCGGGGUUUUGCUUCCUCUUAUGCAAUGGGGAGGAAGGACGCACUUUGUGCUUGCCAUUGUUAGGAAACUUGAUGAGCUUCAGGAAUUACCUUCAGUUUUUAUCACUUUUCUUGCAUGGAGCAUGGGGGAGGUCAUUAGAUAUUCACAUUAUGCUUUCGGUUGUUUGGGAAAUUGUCCUUCUUGGAUGACCUAUCUCAGGUACACUGCGUUUAUUGUGCUGUAUCCUUUGGGAGUGGGUCCUGGUGAAAUAUGGGCUAUGUACCAGGCUCUUCCAGUUAUAAAGGAGAAGAAUCUCUAUGCAGAUUCCUUUUCAAGCCUCCCAUUUAGCUAUUAUGAUUUCCUUAAGGUGGUACUUAUAGUUUAUCCAUUUCUCUGGUUCAAACUUUACCUGCAUAUGUUCAAGCAACGACGUACAAAACUAUAUAAACGCCAUGACAAGAAAAGGGCAUGAGGAGCUUUACAAAACUCCAUUCAUCUUGGUCAGUGAAUGGAGUCAUUGAAUUGAUUAUUGAACUUCCGAACUUGUAAUUUUAGUUCCACACACGAAGUAUUUUGUGAAAAAAAAUUAAUAACUUUCGGAGACACUCGUUCAAAAUUUAUUUAUUUGCUACUAUUUUUUUUUUCUUGACAAGAUAAGAGUGCCAACUGCCAAAUAAUGGAAUUGUUGCUUUCGAUUAUGAUUAAGAUGGUAGUAGUUAGAAGAAAGACCGUGAUUUGUAAUAUAUUGUCUUUUAUUUUUAUUUUUAUUUGGUCUUAAGUUAUAGAC